AUGCGUAAAUUGGACAUCAACUUCGGUCGGUUCUACUUUCAUUCUUUGAAUCUGUUUCGUGAAGUCAUUUAUCAUCACGACGCAACAUUCAACCACCGACUCGACAAUGUAGUAGAGGACUACGUAUUGAAACUGAAGGAAGUGGGGAAGACUCGUUUCAUUGGGAUUACCGGACUUCCGUUGGAGAUAUUUACAUAUGUUCUCGACAGGGUUCCGCCUGGAACAUUGGAUGUUAUACUUUCCUAUUGCCAUCAUUCCAUCAAUGAUUCGACUUUGGAGGGCAUAGUUCCUUAUCUGAAGUCCAAAGGUGUUGGUAUCAUCAGUGCUUCCCCGUUGGCAAUGGGUCUUCUCACUGAGGCUGGGCCUCCUGAAUGGUAUCCUGCUUCACCAGAACUUAAGUCUGCUUGUAAAGCUGCCGCGACCUAUUGCAAAGGAAAAGAAAAAAAACAUUUCAAAGUUAGCAGUGCAGUACAGCUUGUUAAAUGA